CCAUCAGACUUCAUAGUAGAUUGGGGCUUCGGAAGAGGCAAGACAUGGGUGCCCUGCACCUCCUGGCUGUCCUGCUGCUGGGAGCCUUGGGCUCAUCACUGGCUGCUGAAGAAAGCUGUGAAGGAUAUUGUUUUCAGGGAUUUAAUGCCAAUAGAAAAUGCCAGUGUGACUACCUGUGUACUUAUUACGGGAGCUGUUGCUCGGAUUAUGUGACUGUCUGCAAACCAAUAGAGAAACGGGGAGAUGUGUUUGUAGUUCCUGAAGAUGGGGACUAUGAGGAAAAUAUUGAUGAUUUCAACUACACCACAAAUGCCUUUUCGGAAAAUUUGUCUGUCGACGAAGUUCCAAGCCCAGCAAGUAGCACAACGACUUUGAAUGAAAAAAUAACAGAGACCAUUACUGAUCGGAUUCCUGAUGUUCCUGAUGUCCCAGAUGUCCCAGAUGUCCCAGAUGAGUUGUGCAGUGGAAAACCCUUUGAUGCCUUUACCAAUGUGAAAAAUGGUUCAAUCUAUGCUUUUCGAGGCAAAUACUUUUAUGAGCUGAAUGAUUCUAAAGCAUUAGAAGGGUACCCAAAACUCAUAAAGGAUGUAUGGGGCAUAGAAGGUCCAAUUGAUGCUGCCUUUACCCGUAUCAACUGCCAGGGAAAGACCUACAUCUUCAAGGGAAAGAAUUAUUGGCGGUUCACUGAUGGAGUUCUGGAUCCUAAAUAUCCUCGUGAAAUAUCAGAUGGCUUUAGCAACAUCCCAGAUGAUGUUGAUGCUGCCUUCGCUCUUCCAGCUAAUAGUUACAAUGACAAAGAAAAAGUUUAUUUUUUCAAAGGUAGCAAAUACUGGCAGUAUGAAUUCAAAAAUCAACCAAGCUGGGAGGAGUGUCUGGAAUCAACCCCAUCCGAAAUGUUUACACAUUAUUUGAGAGUUCAAGAUGACAGCUUGGAAAGUUUCUUUGAACUUCUCUUUGGAAGCUGGGAGAAAAAAAAAACACGUCCAUCAUACAUUAGAAGCGAUUGGAGAGGGGUUCCAAUUAAUGUGGAUGCCGUGCUUCCGAGCAGGAUUUAUUUCCCCGUGCAAACAAGGUCUUCAUCGCGCAGAAAUAAAAGGAGAAAAUCUCGCCGCAGGAAAAACCGUAAAAGAAGACCCAGUAAGAAAUCCUCAUGGACUGAUGAUCUUUUCAGCUUGUUUGAUGAUGAUGAUGAUGAUGAUGUAGAAAGUGAUCCUGACUGGUUGCCUCCUGUAAGCCAGCCACGUUGCCAGCCCAUACAGAGCGUCUAUUUCUUCAAAAAUGAUAAAUACUAUCGGGUAAACCUACAAAGAAAGAGUGUGGAUAUGGUUUAUCCACGUUACCCACGAUCCAUUGGGAAGUAUUGGUUGGGUUGUGAAUCUGAUUAAAGAGAAACAUUGUCUUUGUCAAUAUGCAUUCAGUCUACUGUCUACCUAGAUCUUUCAGUAUUUCUUUUUAUAUGAAAAAAAUGGUACACUACAAUGUGUCACAACUGAUUGCUAAUAACAUUGCAGAAUUUCUAAGGAUCUCUGAUUUGUUUAUCUAGACUGGCUUAAAGUGUCCGUCUCUUCUUUUCUCCAUUAUAUAGCACUUUCUGUCCAUAUAUCGUGUGGCAAACAUUUAAUAAAUCUGUUUAAUAUGUUACAUUUGAAUAAAGAUUUUAUAAAAUCUACACAGUUAA